AUGGCAGGACCACGGCCCAUCUCACUUGGUGACGACAACGCCAACGAUCACGACAAUUACGACAGCCAGGACAACAGUGCCAGCAACAGGCCACGUCCUGGAGCUGACCGACCUCUCGCAAAGACGAUCCGCCAAUCUGCGUCGAUGCAGACAGAGGCAGCACAGGUGGACGAGCACGAGGCGUGGGCAAACUGGGUCUACCCUCCCGAAUUCUACGACAGGCUCUCGAAGAUCCAUUUGACGCACGGCGCACUUGCGGAGCUCGAUCGCCGCAGUCGUUUAACACGACACUCUCCGAAGCAUCAUCGACCGCACAUAGCGACAUCUCUCUUUCUACAUACGAUGCCGAACAAAAAGGAUCUUGCCCAGUUCGCCCGACACGGCGGUCCUGAUCUUAUGGAUGUUUGUAAUACGACCGACAUUCAAACGAAAAAGUCUACGCCGUACGACGCCGAUUUCGAGCAGCACUUGAACGAUCACGACGUGCUAGCCACCUACGACUCGCAAAAGCCCGCCAACUGGGCCGAGAUCCAAGCCGUCCUAAGCCAGCGGCGGCCGUCGCUCUCGUCGUCGCAGUUCUCCGAGGGAGCGUUCGAUGCGUUUCAAGACAACAAUGACCGCGCCAAGAACGAGAACGCCGUGAUGGUCGAUGUUAUACCGGUUAUUUUAGGAAAAAGCGCCCCUUAUACGGGCGGUCAGGCAUGGCACCAUUACGCAGCCUAA